CAGUGUAGUGGGCAUAGACCGACUGUGAAGGUCAUGGAUUUGCUACAACAGAAGGCUUUGCCUCUGCUGGAGAGACUGAACCAGCUCCUGGACAAACUGCCUACCAGCUUCUCUCCCAACACCUGCAAUCAGCACAUAUCUGGUUUGUCAACAAAGCAGGCAUAUGGGAUGGAAAUAGCCUCCAGAGUCUGGACAGCAUCUGUGCCUGUGGUGAAAGGAAUCUCCACCCAGUCUUUGAGGGAGCCUGUCAAUUUAGCUCAAUCCCAGGACACGGGUCUGCAGGCCAGCUCAGCACCGACACACAACUCACAAAGACACACCGCAUCCUCCGCCAUUCACUCCCAGGAGAACCAGCCGAUGAAAGAGUUUGCUCAGCUGACGCAUAUCUCUGUCCCAACGGUUCCAGAAGAGGAGUGGAACAACCUACUGGAGCUCUCUCCUCUGUUCCAGCUGUUGAAGGGGGUGGAGCGGCAACUGAAGGGCUGGGCCUGUGGGGCAGGGAUUCUUAGAGGAGAGUUUGCUGACAGAGGCAAAGGUUUCGUAGAUGUCCUUGAUGCUCAGUGGGAAUGUGAAGGAGAGCUGAUCCCUCUGGAUCUGUCAGUUCUUAACCCCAGAGAGUUCCUGGUCUACCAGCAUGGACUAUUCCUAAUGCAUACAUUACAUAAUCUAAAACUGACUCCAGACAUUUCACUUCAGAUAGCAGCUAGUCUCCCAAACAACAACUACUCCAACAAUGCCUUCAGAAAUUCCUUCUUUUAUCAGGAGGCAGAGGAGACGCUCUUUGUCCGUCGCCAGAGGCUCCAGUCAGUUGGAGGAUUCUCUCUGCUGCUGCUCCAUUGUCUGUCCCAUAUCACAGUCAAAGACAUAAUCUCUGAUUCCAGUCCUGCCUUCCAGAGGCUUUUCUUCAAGAUACUGCAGGCAUGUCUAGGGGAGCUGUUUCAGGCCAGACUGGACGUGCCCCCCUCUGCACAGGAAGCCAAUUUGUGUGUAUGGUUUCAAGACAGUGAGGCCCCUUCAGGGGACUUGAGGGGGACAUUGUCAGACUCUUAUGCUGCCUCUCUGCUUCACAGGCUUCACAAACCAAGCAGAGCAUUGCUGUCUGAAAAUGAAGUUGACGAACUUCAGAGGAAACACAGAGAAACCUCUCUGUUCUCACAUCUUGAAGGAAUUUUGAGAAAGGAGAGCUCUGAAGCCACAGAGAAAGGCAAAGACCAGAUUGGGUAAACAUAUGUGGAGUCAU